UCCUUCGAAUAAUGCAAUCGAAAUUCUGCUAAGAAAAAUAAAUAUUUUGAAAUCCCUAAAAAUAAUGUGAAUAUUUUUUAGAACUUGGUGGAAAAUUUGUCUCAUCGCUAUUAUUAUUCAACAAGCUGACCAUAAGAUGUCCUGCACUACUCCCAGGAUUUUAAAUUCUGAUGUCAUUAACUUUAAAAGAGCACAUGGCGUAUCCGAAACUGCCCAAUGGAUUGUGUCACAUUCUGAUAACUUUAAUCCGACAUCAAUUAGAGUGGUUAUUAGGCGACUGUGGUCAGAAUAUGAAAAAUUCAGAAAAAACAAAUCUAAAUCUGAAGGUAGCAGAAAGCUUACAGAGUUCCUAGAAACAGAAUUUGCUCCACCUAAAGUAUCAAAUACAGUGACUCCCAAAAUGCCCGAAGCUACAUAUCUGAUCAGUUCUAGCGGUGAUGCCUUUUCUACUGCAAUGUCCAUUUCAAACUCAGUGUUCAUGGAAAACCAGAAUCUGACUAAGGAGAAAAUAGCACUAAAGUCUGAAUUGACUGAAACAAUAUCUCACAUGCAGACACUUAACAUUAAAUCAGAAGAUGUAAUAAAGCAAAAUAGAGUGCUACAUGAGAAACUGAAAUCAUCAAAUCAAACUGUCAAACGCACUAAACGGAGAGAGGACUACUGGAAAACUAAGUGUACAAAAUUGGAAACAUCAGAUGACACAUCUAAAGAAGACUACCAAGCACUUCUAAAUGAGCUACAAGCUGAAAAUGACCAACUCAGAAUCACUGUCAAUGAUCUUCAGCAUACCCUUAAGGAAAAGGAUGAUGAAAUCUCCUAUCUUGUGGAGCAGCUGCAUGAUUUGACUGACAACAAAGUCAUCAAUCUAUUUGACAAGAAAGAGAAAGCAUUCACUCCAGAACUUCAUUUGUGUGUGUACUCUCUUCUCGAACACAAUGUCCCAUCAACUAAAAUUGGACCAACCAUAGAAACCUGUUUGAAGUUAGCAGGAAAAGAACCUGACCGACUACCAUCCCCAUCGACAGUUGUUAAUAUGAAUAUCCAACGACUCUGUCUAGCCAAAAAACAACUACAAGAAGAACUGUCAGAAAAAAUCAACACCACCUUGCACACUGAUGAGACAUCGAAGUUUGGCAUUAAAUAUGGUGGGUUUUCUGUUCGUGAUGAAGAAGGUAAUUAUUUUGCAUUAGGACUUCGUGAAAUGGCCACAAAAUCAGCACAAAACACACUGGACACAUUUAAAGAAAUUUUACAGGAUAUUUCUGACAACAACGAGGAAACCCAGAAGAAUAUUGGAAACAAAGUUAUCUGCAAUAUCCAAAAUACGAUGAGUGAUCGUGCCGCUACAGAAUUAAAGUUUAAUGAGCUAUUAGAAAGUUACAGAGAAGAGCUGCAACCACAGAUACGGGAAGAUUACCACGCAUUGGAUGAUGUUGAAAAAGAAACAGUUAGCAGACUGAACAAUUUCUUCUGCGGUGUUCAUGGCCUGGUAUAUAUGGCGAAUGCGGCCCAGAAGGGAUUAUGUGAAGCAGAAAAGGGGAAUUUCGAUGGAAACCCACCAAUUUUUGAUGAGAAUUUCUCUAAAAUUGAUGAAUCAGGUUGUUUUCGCUUAAUAAGAAGUGCAUGCAAGGCUUUUGCAAGAAGAGGUGAUGAAAAGUGUGGGUGUUAUGGGGCCUUCCGAACAUACAUGCAGCCAUUUCUUACUGAAAACAGAAUGAUCUCACUUCCUCUGCAACCAUUUAAGGGCCACAGAUUCAACAUUUUAUUUCAAAAUGCUGCAUGCCUAUACUUUCUAAAUCCUCACAUGACUGAAUUUCUGGAGAAAUCAGAUAUUGAAAAUAAAAGACUUCUGAAGUCUGUUCUCUCAGAUCUUAAAGUUUCUUUUUAUGUUGCCGGACUGAAAGCCCUGGGAUUGAUUUCAAAGAUGAUUACAACACCCCUUUGGAAUAUUCUCGAGAACAAGGAUACAUCAAUUGAAGACAUGACACAAAAUUAUCUCCAUCUAUCAACUUAUUUGGCGGAUGUAACUGAAAAUCUAGCUGAUUUUAUAAAGGGAACCUUUCCAGCUUUAACAGGAAUAGACUUUAAUGGCGACAGAGUUUUUGAAUUCCUGACCAAAGAGUCUAAUUAUGAUACUGAUGUGGAAAUCAUUCUACGUGUCCUGUUACCAGCGAUCCGGAAAGUAGUACUGCAUGUCUAUAAAGACCACUUGCCAGAUGGUAAAUAUGAAACUUUUACUGAGGAGCUCUCACUGGCUACCAAGAGUGUGGACAAACAUAAUUCUUAUUCCGAGCGACUGUUCGCGUACAUGGACCAAAUUUUAAGAGCUAAACCUAAUAUAUCAGCUCUAGCUCUUGAGGCUUACACACUUUUCCUAAUGAACAAGACAUCCACGUGGAUAAUAAGAAACAAAGAGGAUAUGGAAGACCUUAUUUCGGAAGCUAGAAAAUCCGUUUCUACUGAAAGAGAUUUAUUCUCAAAAAGAAAAGGAGAAAUUCAACGACAGAGAGAGGAGAAACAAGAAGAAGAGUUCCGAAAAAGAGCUGAAAAAAAGAGAAGAAAACAAGUGCAACUGGAAAAACAGAGUGAUGACAUUAUUUUCUAUGGUUUAUGGAAAUCAGCCCGCGAGUGUAAAUUGAGAAUAAAGGAGUAUGUACGCACAUCAGACAAAGUCAAUGCUUUGAAAGCCCAGCUCCGGUACCGUAAAAAUGUUUUAAAGCAGAAUGUUCUUGAACAAAAACUGUUCUCAUUUUCUAGAAAGAGUCAUGAUGGAAAAAGACAAACAUUGACACAUAAGGAACUUUUGUCAAAUCUAUUAAAAGUUCUGAAAUCUGUUUAAAUUAACCAUGAAAAUCAAAUUACUACAUUUUUUUUACAUUGAUUGCCUCUGUUAUUUGAUUGUUUUUAUAUAAUCUAUUUGAUUGUUUUUAUAUAAUCUAAACGCUAUUACAGGAAAAGAUAAAUCUUUUGUAUUUCAACUGCUUUUAUAACUGUAAAUUGCC